AAUAGAAAGCUGAGUUGUUGAAGAAAAGCAUGCACAUGCUCAGCCCCCACAAACGUCCCAUCUCCUUCUUACCAGUUUGAACUUCUUGCAAUUUGCAACUUUUGAGACUCCUCAAGCUUUCACACAAGAAACCAACUACUUCUGCGUUUCAGACCUUCGCUAUCUUUGCUUCCCUUCUGAUUCAUUCCUUUCAACAAAGAAAGCCAUGGCAGAGCUCUUACUUGGUGCCGUCCUCCCAGUUCUGGUCGAGAAAUUGCUGUCUCAGGAUUUGCUGGACUUUGCAAGUCGAUACAAGGGACUUGGAAAAAAGCUGGGCAACUGGAAGGAAACGCUGUCAGGAAUUCAGGCACUGCUUGAUGAUGCAGAGGAGAAGCAACAUACUAACAGGGCGGUGAAACGUUGGCUGGAUGAUCUCAGAGACUUGGCUUACGAUAUAGAAGACAUACUUGACGAGUUCGACACAGAAGCUUUGCUAUGUAAAUUGAGGGGAGAAAAUCAGGGCAGCACAAGUAAGGUACGGAACCUCAUCCCUGCUUGUUGUACUGGUUUGACUCCACAUGCUCUUAAGAUCAACAUUCGUCUGGAGUCAAAGAUCACAGACAUUACUGAUCGAUUCAACGUUCUCUUGAUGCAAGAAACUAAUUUGAGAUUGAAAGAAACUGCUGAUGGGAAGUCACAUAGGAAAACAGGGACAGUGCUAGCGCCAACUUCUCUAGUGACUGAACCUCAUAUUUAUGGCAGGGAUGAAGAUAAAGAGGUUGUACUUGAAUUGUUGCUGAGUGAAAAAUGUAGGGAUGCCCAACUCUCUGUGAUUCCUAUACGUGGUAUGGGGGGUAUAGGAAAGACAACUCUUGCCAAGUUUGUAUUUCAUGAUAAAAAAGUACAAAGCUUUUUUGAUCUAAAAGCAUGGGCAUGUGUUUCUGAAGAUUUCGAUGCUAUUAGAGUCACAAAAACAAUUUUGGCAUCGGUCACCUCUGAAAAUUUUGGUGACAAUGAUCUGAAUUUGUUGCAAGUCAAACUAAAAGAGACACUGAAAGGGAAGAAGUUUCUUGUAGUUUUGGAUGAUCUUUGGAAUGAAAACUACGAUAGUUGGACUAUCCUACUUGCUCCUUUCUUAGAAGGGGCUCCGGGAAGUGCGAUUGUCAUCACAACACGUAAUCAGGGAGUUUCAUCAACAACAAGAUCCCUUCAAGAGUACCAUUUGAAAGUGUUGUCAAAUGAGGCAUCUUUGUCUUUAUUUACCCAACAUGCACUAGGGGCAAACAAUUUCAGUGCACAUCCAAAUCUUAAAGAUAUUGGUGAAAAAAUCGUUGAAAAAUGUAAAGGCUUGCCUUUGGCAGCAAAGACCCUCGGAGGCCUCUUGCGCACUAAGUUGGACCGUUACGAGUGGGAAGGUGUUUUAAAGAGCAAGAUAUGGGAUAUACCAGAGGAGAGGAGUGCAAUUGUUCCAGCUCUUAUGUUGAGCUAUUACCAUCUACCUUCACAUUUAAAGAGAUGCUUUGCGUAUUGUUCAAUACUCCCCAAAGACUAUGAAUUUAAGGAGAAGCAGCUGGUUUUGUUAUGGGUGGCAGAAGGUCUAAUUCAGCCACAAGGAGAUCAUAAGCAAAUGGAAGAUUUGGGUAGUCAACAUUUUCGUGAUCUAUUGUCGAGAUCUUUUUUUCAACAAUCAAGCAUGAAGAAAUCAAAAUUUAUAAUGCACGAUCUUAUCAAUGAUUUAGCCCAAUGGGUUGCAGGAGAUAUAUGCUACAGAAUGGAGGAUAGAAUCGAGGGCAUCAACAAAAGAGAAUUUCCCAUCAAAGUUCGGCAUUUGUCUUAUCUGGGUGAUCGUUAUGAUGGCCCUAAAAAGUUUGAGGUUUUUUCCAAACUCAAAUGUUUACGUACCUUCAUGCCUCUUAUGCUACCUAAUAGGGGGUCGUGUUAUUUGACUCAUGAUGUUUCUCUUAAAUUGUUGUCGAAAUUACCGUGUUUAAGAGUGCUCUCUUUGAGUGGUUACUGCAUAGUUGAGCUACCGGAUUCAAUUGGUGAUUUGAAGCACCUACGGUAUCUUGACCUCUCUUACACUCGAAUUAGAGGUUUGCCUGAAUCAACAACUACUCUCUGCAACUUACAAACAUUGAUAUUGAAAAGUUGUUCUUAUCUAGAGGAAUUGCCUUCAAAUUUGGGGAACCUGGUCAACUUGCGCCACCUCAACAUUCUUAAUGCAGAUAAACUGGAAAGAAUGCCUCCUCAAAUAGGUAAAUUAACUAGUUUGCAGACAUUGUCUAAUCUAAUUAUGGGAAAAGGCAAUUGCUUCCCGUUAAAAGAGUUAGGUUCUUUGUUGCAUCUUCGAGGGACGCUCAUCAUCUCAAGAUUGGAGAAUGCUAUUGAACCCAGGGAUGCAUGCGAUGCAAAGUUAAUUGAAAAGCCCGGUCUUACCGCUUUGUGCUUGGAAUGGAGUUUCGAUGUGGAUGAUUCACAAGAUAGAAAAAGCGAAUUAGAUGUAUUGAACAUGCUACAACCAAACGAUGCUUUGGAAGAGCUCACUAUCAAGCACUAUGGUAGUACAAAAUUUCCAACUUGGUUAAAAGGUCAUUCAUUUCCUCAUAUGGUGCUCCUAAGGAUUGAAAACUGUAAAAAAUGCACAUCAUUGCCACCAGCGAGCCAACUACCUUCACUUAAACACCUUUUCAUUGAAGGCAUGGCUAGUGUAAAGAAUGUUGGUGAUGAGUUUUAUGGGAGUAGUUGCUCACAACCUUUUGAAUCCUUAGAAACUUUGUAUUUCGAGAAUAUGGAAGAGUGGGAGAGCUGGAGCCCUAAUGGAGAGUUCCCACACCUGCAUGAGCUUUCUAUCAAAAAUUGUCCAAAGCUGUUGGGGAAUUUACCAAACCACCUUCCCUCAUUACAAAAUGUUGUUAUAGAAAGAUGUAAGCAGUUGGUGGUUUCAAUUUCAAGUUUUCCGGAGCUUUGCAAACUAGAAUUUGAGAAUUCGAAAGGGGUGGUGCGCAAAAGUAAGGUGGAGUUCUCCUCACUAAACUCUAAGUCUCUUUCAAGAAUUUCGGACUUUACAUGUCCAAGAGAAGGGUUUAUGAAUGUAGAAUCUCUGAGGAUUGCAAAUUGUGAGGAGCUAACGCCUUUCUGGUCAAAUGAUGUGGGACUACUAAAACCCCUCCCCCGUCUUAGUUGUAUGAAGGUUAUUGACUGUCAAAAACUAGUUUCUUUGGUGGCAGAAGACGUAAAAGAGCAACCACAACAGGGUAUGGCAUCCACACGCAAUGACACGAAUUCUUUACCCAAGGCAUUGAUGUACAACAACAAAUGUCUUGAGCGUAUUCGUAUUGAAGAAUGUGAUUCGCUGACACACAUUGCAACUUGCCAACUACCUCCAACUCUAAAACGGCUAGAGAUAUGGAAUUGCAAGAAUAUACGGAUUUUGCUGGACGAGGAUGAUAUCAACAGUUGCAGUAGCAGCACAUCUCUUCUUGAGGACUUGACUAUUUUCAAUUGUCCAUCCCUCAAAUCCUUAACAUCCAGCGGAGAAUUGCCUGCAACACUUAAAGACAUCGAUAUUUCGGAUUGCCAAAUGCUGGAGUCAGUGGCGAAAAGCUUCCAUCAGAACUCUUCUCUCGAAAAAAUUGACAUUGAGAGUUGUGAAAACCUUAAAUCCUUAACGGACGAAGGAUUGCUCCCAUGCAACCUUAGAGAGCUGAGUAUUUUCGAUUGUGGGAAAAUGCGGGCCCUACCCAACUGCAUACACAGCAUCACCUCUCUUCGAGAAUUGACGAUAGAAAAAUGUCCAGGUGUGGAAUCCUUUCCUGGCGAAGGCUUUCCCACUAACCUAACAUCACUUGAAAUCAUAGAUUGCGACAUCACUGAGGCCUUGCUUGAGUGGGGGUUGCAAAAGCUUACCUCUCUUCAAUAUCUUCGAUUUGGAGGUGGAUGUCCGCAUCUUUUGUCAUUUCCAGAAAUGACGUUGUCUGCCUCUCUAACCAGCCUCUACAUCAGAAACUUGCCGAAUUUGGAAUACUUAUCUUCAGAAGGCUUUCGAUACCUCUCAUCUCUUAAAACACUAGAAAUUGGUUGGUGCGAAAAGUUGAUGUCCUUUCCAGAUGAUGGUCUGCCUGCCUCUCUAACCAGCCUCCACAUCAGAAACUUGUCGAAUUUGAAAUAUUUAUCUUCCAAAGGCUUUCGAUACCUCUCAUCUCUUAAAACAUUAAGAAUUGAUUGGUGCGAAAAGUUGAUGUCCUUUCCAGAUGAUGGUCUGCCUCCCUCUCUAACCAGCCUUCACAUCAGAAACUUGCCGAAUUUGAAAUACUUAUGUUCCAAAGGCUUUCGAUACCUCUCAUCUCUUCAAAAACUAAGAAUUGGUUGGUGCGAAAAGUUGAUAUCCUUUCCAGAUGAUGGUCUGCCUCCCUCACUCUUGGAUCUUCGCAUCGUUUGCUGUGAAAUGUUCACAUCCUUUCCGAAGGAUGGUCUGCCUCCUUUGCUCCAGCAACUUCAUAUUGCAAACUGUCCUCUGCUGAAAAGACACUGCAAGAAAGAUCAAGGACGAGAGUGGUCCAAGAUAGCCCACAUCCCUCGCGUUGAAAUUGAUGUUAGGCUCAUCUAUGACCCAGAACCAGAAGAGCAGAAUGAGCCCAUGCAUCAAAACCUCCUAGAGAAUAUUUUUUCUUGGCCGUAA